AUGAAGGCGUUGUUGUGGGUUUUAGUGAUUUUUGUUCAAAUUCAUGAGUACAAGAGUUGCUUGGAGGAAGAGAGAAUUGGUCUGCUACACUUGAAGUCAUUUCUUAAAUCCAUCCCUUACACUAAUUCAAACUAUCUUCUUCCUUCAUGGGUUGAUAACUCAAAAAGUAUUGAGUGUUGUGGUUGGGAGCGGGUCAGGUGCAAUUCCACCACAAGUCACAUCAUAGAAUUGUCCCUUGAGAAUUUAAAACAAGAUCCUUACUAUGGUGAACAUAAUUAUGAGAAGGUGAAUUUUGGGGAUCGGUGGUUGCUAAACGUGUCUAUGUUGAAGCCUUUCAAGGAGUUAAGAAGUCUUGAUAUAUCCUUUAAUGCAAUUGGCGGUUGGAUACCAUAUGAAGGAUUUGAAAAGCUUUCAAGCUUAAGGAAUCUGGAAAUUUUAAACCUUGGAUAUAACUUCUUUCAUGACAAUGGCAUUCUACAAUCUUUGGGUGAUGUGACUUCACUCAAGACUUUAAAUCUUACUCGGAAUUUGUUGGAGGGUUACUUUCCAGCUCAAGAAUUAGUAGGGUUGAAAAACUUGAACAAGCUGGAUAUAAGUGGCAAUUCCUAUAAUGAUAUCAUCCCAAGUCAAGGUUUCGAAAGGCUCGUGGUAUUGAGAAAUUUGGAGACAUUGAACCUCAAUUAUAAUGACUUUGAUGACAGCAUCAUACCAUCUCUAAGUGAACUUACAUCCCUUACAACAUUAAGUCUUGCAUUUAAUCGUUUGGGAGAACGAGUAACAAUCGAAGGUUGGAAAAGCUUGUCAAGAUUAGAGAACUUGGAGAAAAUAGAUCUCAGUCACAAUCACCUCAAUGACGAUCCUUUACAAUCUUUGGUUGCUGUCAAAACCCUUAAGGAUUUGAAUCUUGCUUCGAAUCAAGUAACAGGAUCUUUCCUGGCAAAAGAUUGGAAACUUUUGUCAGGAUUGGAGAACUUGGAGAUAUUAGAUCUUAGUUACAAUUGCCUCAACCAUAAUGCCUUACAAUCUUUGGCCGUGGUAAAAUCUCUUAAGAAUCUGAAUCUUGCUGGGAAUCAGUUGACAGAAACCUUUCCAACUAGAGGUUGGGAAAGCUUGUCAAGAUUGGAGAAGUUGGAGAUAUUAGAUCUUAGUUUCAAUUACAUAAUAAACGGCAGUUGCUUAUCAUCAUUGACUACAAUCAAGUCCCUUAAGUAUCUGAAUCUUGCUGGCAAUAACAUGACAUUCUUUCCAGUCAAAGGAAAAAGAGGUGAAGUGGGGUCCACUGGAUUCCAUAACGGGUUCCAGGGUGGUUAG